UGUUUAUCCAAACCUCCUUCAGUCUUUCGAAAGAGCGAAACAAGAUGGAGGCGCUAAAUUGGCAGCCUGACCAGCAAGGCUUGGAACAAAUUUUACAACUGCUUAAAGAAAGCCAGAGUCCAAACACUGAGACUCAACGGGCAGUACAACAAAAAUUGGAAUCAUUAAAUCAAUUUCCAGACUUCAACAACUAUUUAAUAUUUGUUCUGACCAAAUUGAAAGCAGAGGGGAUCGACGAACCGACACGAUCCCUAGCUGGCCUCAUCUUGAAGAACAAUGUUAAGAGCAAUUACCAAAAAUUUCCACAAGAUUGUCGUCAGUUUGUAAAAGCAGAGUGUCUUUCAGCAAUUGGCGAUCCAUCAGCUUUAAUUCGAGCAACGAUUGGUAUUUUGAUAACAACAAUAGCACAGAAAGAGUUUGGAACUUGGCCAGAAUUGUUACCAACCUUGCUCCAGUUGCUAGAUAGUGAAGACUACAAUGUUUGCGAGGGUGCAUUUGGAGCAUUACAAAAAAUAUGCGAAGAUUUGUCCCGACAGCUUGAUGGUGAAGGGAAUAAUCAAAUUCUCAAUGUUAUGAUACCAAAAUUUCUCCAUUUCUUCAAGCACAGUAGUCCAAAACUACGUUCACAUGCUCUGGCUUGCGUCAACCAAUUUAUAAUCUGUAGAAGUCAUGUUCUCAUGAAUAACAUUGACCAAUUCAUGGAAGGCUUAUUUGCUCUGUCAAAUGAUGACGACGCAGAAGUUCGUAAAAAUGUUUGCCGAGCUAUUGUAAUGUUGUUGGAAGUGAGAGUGGAGCAGCUGAUACCAAAUAUAAACAACUUAGUAGAAUAUAUGUUGGUUAGAACUCAGGACAACGAAGAUUCUGUUGCUUUGGAGGCGUGUGAGUUUUGGUUAGCGCUUGCAGAACAACCUAUAUGCAAACAAGUUUUGCAGCAAUUUCUACCAAGGCUUGUGCCAAUCCUGGUGAAUGGAAUGAAGUACUCAAACAUGGAUAUCAUGUUACUAAAGGGUGAUGUUGAGGAAGAUGAAACAAUUCCAGACAAUGAACAAGACAUCAGGCCUAGGUUUCAUAAGGCUAAAAGUCAUAACCCAGAUGCAAAUCCAGGAGAUGAUAGUGAUGAUGAAGAUGAUGGCGAUGAUGAUUCACUGUCUGACUGGAAUUUACGAAAGUGUUCUGCUGCUGCCCUUGAUGUUCUUGCUACUGUCUUUAAAGAUGAACUGCUUCCGAUUCUUCUACCUAUUUUGAAAGAAAUUCUGUUCCAUCCUGACUGGGUAACAAAAGAAUCUGGUAUACUUGUACUCGGAGCAAUCGCUGAAGGCUGCGUAGGUGGUAUUAACCCUCACCUUCCAGAAUUAGUUCCAUUUCUGAUCACAUCAUUGGGAGAUAAAAAGGCACUUGUUCGGUCUAUAACCUGUUGGACAUUGAGUCGGUAUUCACAUUGGAUUGUCAAUCAACCUCAUGAGUUAUAUUUACAAAAACUGAUGACAGAGUUAUUAAAAAGAAUUCUGGAUAAAAAUAAAAGAGUCCAAGAAGCUGCUUGUAGUGCAUUUGCCACAUUGGAAGAGGAAGCUUGCACAGAGCUUGUUCCAUAUCUUGGCUUCAUUCUCGAAACACUAGUAUUUGCCUUUGGUAAAUACCAGCACAAAAACCUGCUCAUCCUUUACGAUGCGAUUGGAACACUAGCAGAUUCAGUUGGACCGCAUUUGAACAAGCCGGAGUACAUCAACAUGCUAAUGCCGCCAUUAAUCGCAAAGUGGAACCAACUAAAAGAUGAAGAUAAAGAUUUGUUUCCUCUACUAGAAUGUCUUUCCUCUGUAGCAACUGCCCUGCAGUCAGGGUUUUUACCUUAUGCUGAACCUGUAUAUAACCGCUGCGUGUCGUUGGUUGAACAGACGCUGGCUCAGUGCUAUGCUGCUCAGAUGAAUCCUGGUCAAUUCGAAAUCCCCGAUAAAGACUUUAUGGUUGUAGCAUUGGAUUUGUUAAGCGGUCUGGCAGAGGGUUUAGAAGAACAGAUUGAACAUUUUGUAGCGCGAAGUAACAUCAUGGCGCUUCUUUUCCAAUGCAUGCAGGAUCCUGGCUUAGAAGUCCGUCAAAGUUCGUUUGCUUUGCUGGGAGAUCUUACAAAAGCUUGCUUCCAACAUGUCAAACCUGCCAUUAGAGAAAUCAUUCCUAUACUCGGUCAGAACUUGAAUCCGGAAUUCAUAUCUGUGUGCAACAACGCAACGUGGGCUAUCGGAGAAAUCUCUGUCAUGCUGGGAGCAGACAUGAAGGAAUUCAUUCCAGUUGUAUUAUCUCAACUAAUUGGAAUAAUAAACCGACCCAAAACUCCAAAAACGCUACUGGAAAACACAGCUAUCACGAUUGGAAGAAUUGGUUUAGUUUGCUCGUCAGAUGUAGCGCCACAGUUAUCACAAUUCAUACGUCCAUGGUGUACUUCUUUAAGAAACAUUCGUGAUAACGACGAGAAAGAUUCCGCAUUUCGUGGGAUAUGCGCGUUGAUAAGUUGUAACCCGGGUGGUGUCGUCCAAGACUUCAUUUUCUUUUGCGAUGCUGUUGCUUCGUGGACCAACCCUGCACCAGACCUGAAAGAAAUGUUUAGCAAUAUAUUAUUGGGUUUUAAAAACCAAGUUGGUGAAGAAAACUGGAAUCGGUUUUCAGACCAGUUUCCAGCUCCAUUGAAGGAGAGGUUGGCUCAGCAGUAUAGAAUCUAAAGCGUAGGUUGCUGCUGUUAGAUGUUUCGAUUAUUUAGGGCCAUACAGAUACCAGGGGUGCUACCCUUAAGGUGGCCUAGGGAGGGGGGAGGGAGAGGGAGGGAGGGCUUCAACUCUUAGAUCGAUCACUACGGGAAUGUGAUCAAGCGGGAGGGACGGUUGGGGGACUGGGUUCUCGGGUUCCGUGUUUAUAUAUUAUGGUAGUUUAUGACUAAGCUAUAUUUUUAGGAGCUAUAUAAGUAACAUUUGAUUGGUUGAACCGCUCUCCAUACAAAGCAUCCGGUGCCUGCCCACCUAAAGUUAGCCAUUGAAUGGUGUGACUAGGUGUAAAAUGGUUGCCAGAGAUGCGACUUCUUGUUUAGAAGCGAUACAGGCAUGUUCCAUCGCCUGUUGUUGGACUGUACCUCAUAUUUAGGAUUAUUAUUUAAUGUGUUUGGUUAGAGUUUAAUUUUUAUAAUUUGAAUGAACGCUAUAGCAUUAUAUUGGACACAUUCGUAUGUCCGAUGUGAUAAUCUUCAUAAUGGCUCGCCAUCGCCAUCAUUUCUCUAGUCUCGUCAUAACGAGGCUGAAUUUGCUAGUGAAAAUUCAUCUUAAUAUUUGUAUUUAUAUUCGCAACGAAUAAUUUUUUGUGUAGUUUUUUUUGUCGUAUUUUUUUAUGUAUUGGCUUUUUUAUUGUUAUCUUUUGUAAAAGAAAAACGUAUUUUGUAGGAUGACACAAGCGCCCGUUUCUUCUCGUAUUGUUGCGAAAGCAAAGACCCAAAAAAUCACUUCUUUAUGAUUUUUGUAUGUUAUGUUCGCGUUCCAGAGUUGUUUUUUUUAACGUAAAUUGUCCGAAUGUUUUAGGCGCUUUUCAAUUUAUAAAUUGCUGAAAAAAUUUAUCCACCUUCUCGAUAGUAUUAUGAGGAGGUUGGAAACGAAGUUGUUGAUGUGUAUUUAUUAUUAUUAUUAUUAUCAAAUGAAAUUAAUCAUUUUUAGUAUAUUCAUUUUUUAAAUAUUUUAUUUAUUUUUUCUUAGUAUUUCUAGCCUGGUUACCCAUGUGUUUUUUUUGCUUUGUAAGCAAAACAACACUAAUCGUAAUUUUUUUCGGCUACCGUAACUCCAUACGCGUUUGCCUAGCACCUGGACGCAAAAGGUUAGGACGCUUGUAUUGAUAUCCAGACAGUUAGGUUAUAAACCGUUUUUUGUUUUAUGUUAUCGUGUUCCAAAUUUUUUCAGUUGUUUAAUUUUUUAAUUUACGUUUAGGUUUGUUAAAUAUAUAUAAAUAUGUCUGUUAGAAUAGUACUUUUUAAAACGAAUAUAUUUGAACGCCAAUAUAAACAUCUUGUAAAAAGUCCGUAA